GUUUUAUAGGUAGGUCCAUGCCUGGAACCUGGAUUUACGUAACCUGGGUGUAUGGACUUCAUAGAAUUGAUCUCUGUAUUUUGUAUCAACAUUCAACUAUCAAAAUGCGUCAGUUUGUUUACAGUGUUUAGCGCGGUGUCUCGAUUUCGGUUGCGUUACAAUUUUAAAAAAUGCCCAAGGAAAUUAAGAGGCAGCGUUUAUCGUUCAAAGAACAAUAUGAGCUUGUGAGCCUGGUGAAAGCAGGCACCACAAAACAAGACAUUAUACGGAAGUAUGGUAUAAGUGAGGCUACCUAUAAGAGAGUGUUGUCUCGCGAAGCUGAUUUGAACAAUAAAGUUAAUGAUUUUGAAUAUUUGAACAAGAAAACGUCGAAAACAAGUAGUGAUGUGGUCUUGGAUGCUGCUGUCUUCGAUUGGUUUAAGCAAGCGUCAGAGAGAGGGGAUCCAAUAUCCGGGCCGAUCAUUCAGGAGAAGGCUCGAAUUUUAAACGAGGAGCUCAACGGCUCGCGAACCUUUAAAGCUAGCAAUGGUUGGCUCAAUGGUUUCAAGAGACGGUACGGUAUUCAAAGUAGUCGAAAGAAUGAUGAGAAAUUGCCAGAGAAUCCGUUAAGUGCUGCAGAAUUUUCGAAAAUUUUGAAGGCAAAAAUCGAAUCGGAAAAUUUGAUUUUAGACAACAUUUACAAUGCAGACGAAUCAGAAAUUUUGUGGCGACAAUUGACGGCGUGCACUCUUGCUCUACACUUGGAGGAAGAAGAAGCUGCGGCGAGAGAGCAGGGCAGAGAUCAGCUGACAGCUCUAUUCUGCGCCAAUGCCUCUGGGAGUCAUCGAAUUCCACUCUUGAUAAUUGGCAAAUCUGAAACUCCAAAAUGUCUGAUUAAUCUAAUACAUAAAACGUCAAAAGACCAACGCCUGAAAAGGUUGGAGAGGCUCGGUGUUACCUACACAUACCAGAACAGUGCAUCGAUGGACACAUUUAUAUUCAUGCUAUGGUACAAGGAGGAGUUUAUUCCGCGAGUGCUGGAACGCCAGAGAAUGGAUGGAAUAACGGGAAAGGUGCUUUUACUCCUCGAUGAUGCCCAUUCCCAUCCGAGUUUGGAUGAACUAAACGCGAUAAACGAAAACGUUGAGGUCGUAUGCUUGCCCCGCAAUGAGACGGAGUUGAUUCAACCCAUGGAUCAAGGAUUGGUCGCGACGACGAAAAAACUGUACAAGAAAAUUAUGUUGAGACACCUAUUUCUCAGUGAGAAGUCAGAAGGGGCUCUUCAAUUUUUAAGAAAAUUAAACCUCCGGGAUUGCUUUGUCAUGCUCUGUCUCGCGUGGGGCGACGUGAAGGCAUCUAGUCUUCAGAGAGCUUGGAAACCGCUCUUUGUUGCGUGGAAACCGCUCCUAGAAGCAUGGAAACCGCUGCCGGAGGACUCAUUCCACGACGACGCUUCCGCGAUCCUUCCGGAUCCGCUGCCCAAGGACGAUGCCUCCGCCGGCGUUCAGGAUCCUCUGUCCAUCGAUGACGCGACUGUCAGCGCACCGGAAUCCGCAACUGAUUUUAUACGCUUUCCUCACGAAAUUUGCGAUCAAAUUUCUGAAAUGUUGUCGGGGCCAAGUUAUUCGGUAGAAAAAGCGAGAGACUUUCUCCUCAAGUGGUUUGAAAGUGAUCACAUUGAUAACGACUGGGGUUGGGAGUCUUUGUCAGACAGUGACAGUGCACACAUGGUAACAAAUGGCAGGCACGAACCCGAAACUGCUACUGAAAUCAUAAAAUGCGAAAGUCUAUACGAACACAGUGAACCUAUGGAAGUAACCGCGGAAAUAACGACAUCAGAGGCUUUUGUCUGUCUGAUGAAGCUGAAAAAAUGGGUGAAAUCGCUAGCAGAAUGCUUACCGAAACACCUAGAUUACAUUAGAGAAUUGGAGAUAUUGAUUAGCGAAGUUCAGUCAUCAAGUAUAUUGUAAAAAACUAGUCUUUAACUUUAAUUAAGAUUUUUUAAUAAGUUUGAGUCACUUAAACUUGAAAUAGUUUAACUGUAAAUUCAGUGACACACAAAUGACUUGAAUAAAAGUGGAUUUUCGAGUAAAAA